AUGAUUACCAUACAUGGACUCCCAUUUGAUGUAAAUGAAGAAAUUCUGUUUGAAACAUUUUAAAUAUAUGGCAAAAUACUUGAAAUAACGAUUAAUAAGGAAUAUUAUGAGUCUUAAAGCUCCAUAAUUGAAUACGCAGAUCCGAUAUCAGCAUAAUAAAUUGUACUUGAACAGAAAGAAUUUAAAAUUAAUAAUAGUAUCCUAAAGAUUUCACUUCCUGAUGAUUAAACUUAAGAUGAGUUUAAAACAACUUAUUUAAUCGUAAAUAACAUUCCAUCAGAUAUCACCUAAGAAUAAUUGUCAAUCUUUUUUGAAUAAUUUGGACCAGUAUUCAAUUGUAAAAUAAAGAAAUAGAAUCAUCUAAAUCAUAAACCUUAAUUUUCUGGCUUUGUGGAAUACAAGCAUCCUUAGACAACCAUAGAUUUGAUGGAAAUCUAUUUAAGAUAGCCAUUGAAGGUCAAUGGAAAAAUUCUAAUCAUCUAACCUUUUAAAGAUAAAACUCAACCAAGAGCUUCAACAUAAAUGAUUAUCCAAGGAUUUUGCAGAAAGUUGAAUUAGACAGAAUUGAAUAUUGUAGGGAUUUAGAGAUUAAUUGAGUUGACUUGGGAAUUAUUAAUAGUCAACUAUUUCAAUUCAAGAAAAUUGUAAAUGAAAAAUUGUUUUGUUAAAAUGAAAAAUGAUUAACCUUAUAUAAUAUUGGUACUUCCAACAUUGAGUGACACCAUCAAAUUUAUGAAAUUGGCAGAUUAAAUUAAGGGACAUCCUUGCUUUCAACACGAUUUCGAUUAAAUACCAAAAAUAUUUCACAACUUUUCAAUUGAUUCAUCUUUAUAUCAAACGUUUUAAUAGUUUUACAAAUAAGAAAAUGGAUCAAAUGAAUAAUUCAAAUAAAGAGCAUCCCAAGGAUAUUUUAAUGGGAACUUCACUUAAUUCAGUUGCAGAUACCAUUUCAAUAGUCAAGAUUAUUAUGAUGAUAGAAUAUUAGUAAUUUCAAAUUUGAAAAAUUCGGUUACAAUUGAAUAAAUGAGAGAAUAUCUUCAUUAGUUUGGCUUAUUGAAGUCAUUAUUGUUUAGAAAUGAUUCAGAUUAAAAACUUAAGGAUAAGAACAAAGUAUGUUUUGCAUUGGCUCUCACCUCUUAUGAUGCUGAAGUAAUCUUGUAGGAACAUGAAAACAGAACAUAGAGCUGUUAAUUGUCAAGAUUUAAUAUUUCAGAUUCUCCAAUAAAAAUUCAAAAGCUUCACUAUAAGCAUAAUGAAUAUGAAAAGAUAUUGACUGAAUUAUACGAAGAGGUGUUUCGAAAAAAGGAAGUCUAAACAGUUGUAACAAAAAAUACUGAGUUGAAAAGCAAAGAAUACUUUAAAAGCUUUGAUUAGGUGAUAGAUGAGUUGCAGAAUUUUUAAUAGCUGAGUUUGCUUGACUAAAAGUAUAUAGUGUAGUAAUUAAUUUAUUAAAUUGUGGCUAAUUAAUCUCAUUUAAAUUUGGUAGAUCAAAAACGAAUAUCAUGUUUGAUAAUUAAUAAGCAUCAGAAAGUCGAAGAAAUAUUUGAUCUUUACAAAAAUCCUGUGAAAUUUACUUUGGAAAUUGAAGAAGCUGAAAACAUCAUUAUUUUGGAUUUGCAUUAAGAAGUCAUAAAAAAUUAUUAGACUGUAGAUGCUAUUAUGAAUAAUUUUGAAACAUUUUAUUCCUUAAAAGAUGAUUAGAAGAUCAAUAUCAUAAAAUUUCUAAUGAAGCAACACAUCAUUAAAGAAUAAUAAGUGGGCGAGAAUGUAGCUAGUAAAAUCACUAAAGAAAUCAUGAAGAAGUUCAAUUACAAAAUACAAGAUUUGAUAUGCUUGUUAGAGGAUAAUAAGGAAUUCUUGAAUGUUCUGAACAAAAUAGAUUGA